CUUGAAGGCCGCCGGCGCGCGGUUCACAGAUAUGGAUCAGAUGGAACUGCAACUGCUGUCGACGGUGGAUCCGACCACGCCAAUGGAGGAUGAGCUUUUUCUCGACAUAUUCCGCAUACGGCGGCAGCAGGAGGAACGAGGCCUGCAACGCCGCCGCCGGUACCGGCGCCGCCUGUCCUUCGCCCUCGCGGUCCGACAAGGCCGGUUCGCGAGGUACAGCCUCCUCAUCCGCAGCCGCUACGGCGUCUGGUCGGCGGCGGAACGCCGGUUCAUCAGGAAGACCAACUUCUACCACUACCACCACCUGACGAAAGGGAUCAGGGACCUGAGGGAGCUCUACCACGCCGCCCGAUCCGACGUCGGCGCCGUGAGCCGCUUCAGGGAGUUCCUCUACAGGCUCCUGGUCGUCAACCUCCGCCGCGCCAUGCUCGCGGAGUCGCUCUACUACUACGCGUUCUUGCUCAAGGACCGCCGCAUGGAGUGGUGGCCCGACGAGUACGGCGGCGAGGCCAAGAGGGAGGAGCUGAGCCUUCUGAGGCACGCCGUCGCGGACGCCUACUUGCGGCGCGUGACGGUCGCGCAGCGGCUGCGCGUGCGGGCGGCGUACAAGCGUGACCUCCGGCAUAGCAGGUGGACCACGGCUCUCUCCUUAUGUCUCACUGUCUUCUUUGGUUGGCUUCUCCGUCGUGAGCUAGCUCGGCUCACCUCCAACCUAGCUAGCUACUAG